GCAGGGAAAACGUAGGGCUACUUAAACCCGCUUUUACCUAGUUUUGGUAUGAACUCCCAACAAGAACCCUCUCUCACUUCUCUCGUGGUGUUCACAGAACCCCCCAAAACCCUAAUUCAUCUCGUCGCCCCAUUCCCCCAGCACUAGAGCAAGUCCCUUACGCAGCUUCAUUCAUGGCCGAAACUAAGGACCAAGAAGAAGCCACAUUGCGCGCGAAGCGCAAACCCGAUCCCAGCUGCGAAGACCAAGCCGACUACCCCAACAAAUCCGUCAAGCUUCAAGUCUCCGGCAACAAUUCUCAAGGAAAAACUCAAGAACCGCAAAAUUUGAAGAGCAAUUCCGAAGCUGAAUUACAAGGCAAUGCAGAUCCCGAAGCAGAAGACGAGGAGGAAUGCGGCGACGAUGAUGAAGAAGACGGUGAAGAGUCUAAUGGGAAAUCCGUGGUGGAUCGCAAGGGGAAGGGGAUUGUGAGAGAUGAUAAGGGCAAAGGGAUACUGAUAGAAGAAGAAGAAGAAGAUGAUGAUGAAGAUGGCGAGGAGGAUAGCGACGACGACUCCUCCACCGACGACGGCGGAAGCGAAUUCGAAGACGGCGACAGCGAUUUAUCGGACGAUCCUCUUGCGGAGGUCGAUUUGGACAACAUUCUUCCUUCCAGGACUCGGAGACGGCAGGUUCAGCCUGGGGUUUACAUCCGCAAUGAUAACAACGCAAACCACAACCACAACAACGAUGACGAUGACAGUGAUGAUAGCGAUGGUUUGAGUUGAGGAGAGUUUUUUCAAGUCACUCUGCCGCGAUGGUGAAAGUGGCGGAGAGUGAAUGUAUGAGGGCUUGAAAGCUGUUUUAAGGAGUUCUGUUUGUAACAAGAAACAAAUCAUGCACAUAGAAAUUUAGUGUGUCUGCAAACUUGGUGAUUGCUUUGCUGGUUCCCUGCCCAAACAAUUUUCCCUGUAAUACUAGAUGUCAAGGAUUAUAGUUUAAAUGUUUGGUUAGCUCUUAUAAAUAGACUUGAUGAAUAUUUGGUGCCAUCUAGACAGUAGUCGCUACUUGCCGGAAAUAUUGCUUUUCCAUUCUGAUAGGGUAUUUUCAA